AGUGAACGGGAGUGCAGGUCGUGAUGCGAGAGCUGUUGAACGACAGGUGGGAGACCGCUCUCACACUAUUCACUCAGUUGAGGCUUAUCGUUGAGGUUUUGGGGCCGCAGCAUAAAAUGUAUCCAAUUUAUCAGCGGGGAAAUCCACAGCUGAGGAUAUUUUUACCAAAUUUCUGGGUGAAGCUAGUUAAACAUGACACCCACAAGUUACCAUCCAACAUUGUACAGUUUAUUACAUCCAUAGAAAUGACAAGGCAUGACAUAAAGAACUACUUGGAAAAAAUAUACUCUGUGCCUGUGGUGGAUGUGAAGACACGAAUUGUCAUGGGGAAAACCAAAAAAGAUAAAAUGAAAGGAUAUGUUGUUAAAGAAGAUGAUUACAAAUUAGCAUACAUCACACUGCCCCGGGGCCAGAUGUUCCAGUUCCCGGACUUGUUCCCCAAGGACGAAGCAGCCCUCGAAGACCAAGAAAAAAUACUAGACGAAGCUUACAAAGGUUAUGAGAACUUUUUGGAACGGACAAAAACAAAUCCAGGCUUCCCAGGGUGGUUUGCUUAACCACUGUCAAUGGGUUUAUUAUUUUCAUCUUCUGCAAACUUUUUAAUUCUUAAGAAUUGCUUUGUAUGUAGUAACAGUUUGUAAAAAAAUUAAAAUGUUCUUGCGGUAUGA